AUGAUCAAAAAGUAUUUUAGCUUUGAUUUUCAAGUUAUUGGAAAAGUACAAGGAGUAUUCUUUAGGAAGUUUACAAAAGAGCAAGGAACUAAUUUAGGAUUGGUAGGAUGGGUCGAGAAUUAAAAAGAUGGAUCAGUCAAAGGAGUUGCUUAAGGUGAUCAAAAAAAGUGUGAAGAAAUGAUUCAUUGGUUAUCUAAUGUUGGAUCUCCAAAAAGCAAAAUUGAGAAGAUGAUAAAGACAAAUGAAAGGGAAAUUGAUAAAUUAUAAUAUAAAGAUUUCUCAGUAAGAGAUGAUAAAAAAUAGAAGUGA